CUCUACAUUCAUGUUGUCACUCUAUUUUACACUCAGACUUCUGAUUCACCUGAAGUGAGUUUGAGAAAGAAAGUAAAAAUAUAAAUGAACCAUUCAUUCAUUUUCAGAUAAACACCUGUAAAGUGAUGCAGAAAGAAAAUAUAUGAAUGAAUUAUCAUCAGUAUUAUUUUCUAUCUUUGUUUAGAAGUUUCUAUCGUCUAGAGUUCAAAAUAUUACGGAGUCUGAAAAAUGUUAUUCUUAUUCUUAUUCUUAUUAUUAUUAUCAUUAUUAUUAUCAUUAUUAUCAUUAUUAUUAUCAUCAUCAUGACUGAGUUCCUCUCCUCUCGAUGAGGACUUGUCAUCAGUGUGUGGAGUCAUUAGUUGAAAUGCUAUGGAAUGCUGCUCAUGGAAAUGUGUUUCUUUUCUACAGAAAGUAAAAAGUAAACUAAGUGUUCUCUGGUAUGUUAUGAAUCUGAUUCUCUGUGUUACAGUGGUACAGUGUGAGAAUGGCUGGGAUGUGAGUUACACUUCUACUGAGAUCUGUGCCGUCAGAGGAUCAACAGUGGACAUUACCUGUACCUACACAUACCCAUCCACAUUUAAUAACCAUGAUACUACAGUUCAGGAAACUUUCUGGUUCAUUAAAGAGAGUAAUGGGAUUCACGUUGAUCUAAGGACUGAUCCGGAGUAUUCAGGUCGUGUGGAGAAUCUCUGUGGAAACAACAAGUGCACUCUGAGAAUCUCUAACCUGAGAGAGAGCGACUCAGCUGUGUACAAGUUCAGGUUCACAACAAACCAACCUACUGGGAGUUUUACUGGUUCAGCUGGAGUCACUCUGUCUGUCACUGAUUUGCAUGUGCAGGUGAGAGGAUCAGUGAGGUCUGAGUAUACUAUCAAUGCAGAGCUCAGGUGUCAGAGCAGUUGUCGUCUUCCUGAUCUUCUGAACUACGUCUGGUACAGGAAUGGAGAUGAGAUGGAGAAGGAAGAAGGAGCAUCUUUAUCACGUACUUUUCAUCCUACAACCAGUGUUUCCUGUGCUGUUAAAGGACACGAGGAUUUCCGCUCUCCAUCAAUGUUGGUGAGUCAGAAUGGCUGGAAUGUGAGUUACACUUCUACUGAGAUCUGUGCCUUCAGAGGAUCAACAGUGGACAUUAACUGUACCUACACAUACUCAUCCAGGUGGAAUAACCUUGAUACUACAGUUCAGGAAACUUUCUGGUUCAUUCAAGAGAGUAAUGGGAUUCACGUUGAUCUAAGGACUGAUCCGGAGUAUUCAGGUCGUGUGGAGAAUCUCUGUGGAAACAACAAGUGCACUCUGAGAAUCUCUAACCUGAGAGAGAGCGACUCAGCUGUGUACAAGUUCAGGUUCACAACAAACCAACCUACUGGGAGUUUAAUUGGUUCAACUGGAGUCACUCUGUCUGUCACAGGUAACAUUUUCAUUAGAGUCAGUUUGAAAUGUUAGUGUGUAUGUUGAAAUAAAAU